AUGGGCGCCGCGCUGCUCCUCGUCCUCGGGCUGCUGGCCCAGAGCCUGGGCCUGUCCGUGGGCAGCCCCAGGCCGAGGAGGCCCAGCAUCCUGUACCCCUGGCAUCGGGCGCCAACGCUGGGCCGCGUGCGGAGGGCUUGGGUCAUCCCCCCGAUCAGCGUGUCCGAGAACCACAAGCGCCUCCCCUACCCCCUGGUGCAGAUCAAGUCCGACAAGCAGCCGCUGGGCAGCGUCAUCUACAGCAUCCAGGGGCCGGGCGUGGACGAGGAGCCCCGGGGCGUGUUCUCCAUCGACAGGCUAACUGGGAAGGUGUUCCUCAACACCGUGCUGGACCGAGAGCGGACGGACCGCUUCAGGCUCCGAGCCUUCGCCUUGGACCUGGGAGGCUCCGCCCUGGAGGACCCCACAGACCUGGAGAUCGUGGUCGUGGACCAGAACGACAACCGGCCGGCCUUCCUGCAGGAGGCGUUCUCGGGCCACGUGCUGGAGGGUGCGGCCCCAGGCACCUUCGUGACCAAGGCCGAGGCCACGGAUGCGGACGACCCCGAGACAGACAACGCGGCCCUGCGGUACUCCAUCCUGCAGCAGGGCGACCCCGAGCUCUUCAGCAUCGAUGAGCUCACCGGGGAGAUCCGCACGGUGCAAGUGGGGCUGGACCGGGAGGUGGUUGCCGUGUACAACCUGACCCUGCAGGUGGCCGACAUGUCCGGAGACGGCCUCACUGCCACCGCCUCAGCCGUCAUCUCCGUGGACGACGUCAAUGACAAUGCCCCGGAGUUUUCCAGGGACGAGUUCUUCAUGGAGGCCCCAGAGGCUGUCAGCGGAGUGGACGUGGGGCGGCUGGAGGUGGAGGACAAGGACCUGCCGGGCUCCCCCAACUGGGUGGCCAGGUUCAGCAUCCUGGGAGGCGACCCCGACGGGCAGUUUGCUAUCCGCACAGACCCCAAGACCAACGAGGGCGUGCUGUCUGUGGUGAAGCCCCUGGACUACGAGAGCCGUGAGCUCUACCAGCUCUCGGUGUCGGUGCAGAACGAGGCUCCGCUGCAGGCGGCUGCCCCCAGGGCCGAGCGGGGCCAGGCCAGGGUCACCGUGCACGUGCGGGACGUCAACGAGGCCCCCGUGUUCCAGGAGAACCCGCUUCGGACCAGCCUGGCUGAGGGGGCACCCCCAGGAACCCCCGUGGCCACCUUCUCUGCCCAGGACCCCGACAUGCUGCAGCUGCAGAGGCUCAGCUACUCCAAGGACUACGACCCCGAGGACUGGCUGCAAGUGGACGGAGCCACGGGCCGCGUGUGGACGCAGCGGGUGCUCAGCCCGGCCUCGCCCUUCCUCAAGGACGGCUGGUACAGGGCCAUCAUCCUGGCCCUGGACGACGCCACCCCGGCCCGCACAGCCACCGGCACCCUGUCCGUGGAGAUCCUGGAGGUGAACGACCACGCCCCCGUGCUGGCGCCGCCGCCACCAGGCAGCCUGUGCAGUGAGCCGCACCAGGGCCCGGGCCUCCUCCUGGGCGCCACGGACGAGGACCUGCCCCCGCACGGGGCUCCCUUCCACUUCCAGCUGAGCCCCAGGCUGCCGGAGCUGGGCCGCAACUGGAGCCUGAGCCCGGUCAACGUGAGCCACGCACGCCUGCGGCCGCGGCACCAGCUCCCCGAGGGCCUGCACCGGCUCAGCCUACUGCUCCGGGACUCGGGGCAGCCGCCCCAGCAGCGCGAGCAGCCGCUGAACGUGACCGUGUGCCGCUGCGGCCAGGACGGCGCCUGCCUGCCGGGGGCCGCGGCGCUGCGAGCGGGGGGCGCGGGCGUCAGCUUGGGCGCCCUGGUCAUCGUGCUGGCCAGCGCCCUGCUGCUGCUGCUGCUGGUCCUGCCCGUAGCCCUCCGAGCGCGGAUGCGGCGGCGUUCGCGGGGCAAGGGGCUGCUGCUCGGGCCCCAGGACGACCUUCGGGACAACAUCCUCAACUAUGACGAGCAGGGAGGCGGGGAGGAGGACCAGGACGCCUACGACAUAGCCCAGCUGCGCCACCCUGCAGAGCUGAGCGCGCGGGGCGUCCCUCUGGGCCGGCCGCCGCUGCGCCGCGAUGCCCCCUACGGCCGCGUGCCCCCUCAGGCCUCGCGAGCGAUGCCCACCAGCCCCGCCGACAUCGCGGACUUCAUCCAUGAUGGUUUGGAGGCUGCGGACAGCGACCCCAGCGUGCCGCCCUAUGACACGGCUCUCAUCUAUGACUACGAGGGGGACGGCUCCGUGGCCGGGACUCUGAGCUCCAUCCUGUCCAGCCUGGGCGACCAGGACCAAGAUUAUGACUACCUCAGGGACUGGGGCCCCCGCUUCGCCCGGCUGGCAGACAUGUACGGGCACCCGAGGGGCUACUCCAAGGACUACGACCCCGAGGACUGGCUGCAAGUGGACGGAGCCACGGGCCGCGUGUGGACGCAGCGGGUGCUCAGCCCGGCCUCGCCCUUCCUCAAGGACGGCUGGUACAGGGCCAUCAUCCUGGCCCUGGACGACGCCACCCCGGCCCGCACAGCCACCGGCACCCUCUCCGUGGAGAUCCUGGAGGUGAACGACCACGCCCCCGUGCUGGCGCCGCCGCCACCAGGCAGCCUGUGCAGUGAGCCGCACCAGGGCCCCGGCCUCCUCCUGGGCGCCACGGACGAGGACCUGCCCCCGCACGGGGCCCCCUUCCAUUUCCAGCUGAGCCCCAGGCUGCCGGAGCUGGGCCGCAACUGGAGCCUGAGCCCGGUCAACGUGAGCCACGCACGCCUGCGGCCGCGGCACCAGCUCCCCGAGGGCCUGCACCGGCUCAGCCUGCUGCUCCGGGACUCGGGGCAGCCGCCCCAGCAGCGCGAGCAGCCGCUGAACGUGACCGUGUGCCGCUGCGGCCAGGACGGCGCCUGCCUGCCGGGGGCCGCGGCGCUGCGAGCGGGGGGCGCGGGCGUCAGCUUGGGCGCCCUGGUCAUCGUGCUGGCCAGCGCCCUGCUGCUGCUGCUGCUGGUCCUGCCCGUAGCCCUCCGAGCGCGGAUGCGGCGGCGUUCGCGGGGCAAGGGGCUGCUGCUCGGGCCCCAGGACGACCUUCGGGACAACAUCCUCAACUAUGACGAGCAGGGAGGCGGGGAGGAGGACCAGGUGAGGGAUGGGCUCCUCCAGGUGGCCCCGGACGCCUACGACAUAGCCCAGCUGCGCCACCCUGCAGAGCUGAGCGCGCGGGGCGUCCCUCUGGGCCGGCCGCCGCUGCGCCGCGAUGCCCCCUACGGCCGCGUGCCCCCUCAGGCCUCGCGAGCGAUGCCCACCAGCCCCGCCGACAUCGCGGACUUCAUCCAUGAUGGUUUGGAGGCUGCGGACAGCGACCCCAGCGUGCCGCCCUAUGACACGGCUCUCAUCUAUGACUACGAGGGGGACGGCUCCGUGGCCGGGACUCUGAGCUCCAUCCUGUCCAGCCUGGGCGACCAGGACCAAGAUUAUGACUACCUCAGGGACUGGGGCCCCCGCUUCGCCCGGCUGGCAGACAUCUGCGGCGAGCACGCGUCUACGCGCACAGAAACCUCGGCGUUUCGCCGUCGUCAGGUCCCAUUCCUGAGUAAACCCGGGGACGCCCGCGAUCGGGCUGUUCCGCGGCGCAGCAGAGGCCCCGGCCCGUGGACGAUUAACCGCAGAAAUGCUUAUUGGGAGGAAGACACGACAAUUCACACAAAUCGCCGCCUCGAAAACGCCCGGGAACCGGCUCUCGGACUCCGCCAGCGCCGGCGCUUCCGAGGGGCGGGGCGGGGAGUGCGGGGGAGGACGCAGCCCCGCCCCCUGCCCCAGGCCGGAGGUGGAAGUGACGUCAGGGCGCCGCCGGCUCUUCCGGCGCUGGCUCUGCUGUCCUACGGCCAUUUCUUUCCCGGUGGCGGCCCGCCCCGGCGUCGAGGGGUUCCGCAGCGGGGCCCGCGCGUGUCCGGGCCGCCCGAGGCACCUGGUCCGUCCGCCCGGGGUUCCGCCCGCCCGCCGUGCCGCACUCCGGGCCCAGCCUGGUUCCGGAAGGACGAGUCGGCGCCGGGCCUGCCUGCCGCGCCGGUGAGCGGCGCCUGGAGGGGCCUCUGCUCCCUUCGCUCUGAAGAUUUCCGCCGAGACUUCGGCUUCGGCUUUGCCGUUUCUGUUUAUCUUUGA